AAGUAAAAUUUUGGGAUAGGGCUGACGAGGAGGUCGAACCAAGCGCGGGUCCGAUUGAGGGAAGUAGGUGGGCAAUGGAGUUGGAUCCGGAUGUGGUUCAGAUGAAACCGAGCAUCGCUGAAGAAGAUAAGGGAAGGUGGAAGCGAAGUUUGAGGAGAAGAAUCUCAUCUUCUUCAUCCUCAGUUGCUCACAUCAAUAAUCUCGACGAUGGUUGUCUUAUGCACAUCUUCAGCUUCCUCUCCCCUAUUCCUGAUCGCUAUAACACCGCCCUCGUUUGCCACAGAUGGAAUUACUUGGCAUGUCAUCCUCGCCUGUGGCUUCGAGUAGAUCGAUCGGCCAAAGACUUAUCGGAACCUGGUGUUUUCCCCAGCAUUGAAACUGCUGUUUCCGCAGCUAGACCAGGUGAUACCAUUCUAGUUGCAGCUGGAGGGAGCCACCGGGUCUCUAAUAUUCAGAUAAAGAAACCGAUCUGCCUAAUUGGUGCAGGUGAACUUCCGGAUGACACAAUGCUCAUUUGUUCUCGAGGCUCAGACAGUGCAUUGGAGCUCCUUUCCACGUGCAAACUAGCGAAUCUAACGGUAAAGGCAGAGCUUGGUUGUUGCUUGCUCCAUAGAAGGGGAAGGCUGACUAUAGAUGGAUGCAUACUUCAGUGUGAAUCUGAUCCUCUGGAUUACCUCUCAUGUCCCAUUGUGAGUACAGCCAGUAGCCGUGAGGUGAUUCCUUCAUCCAUGAAGAACAAUGAUGAUGGUGUUUUUGUUUCUCAAACCCGGAUUGAGGGAGGUGCCAAAGCUGUUCUGACAAGUGGCGAUCUCGUGCUGCAACGAGUCAGGGCAGUUAUCUGUAAUUUAUGACAUUUAGGAUUCUUUCAGUGGCCUUUGCUUUCUUUUCAAGUUAAAGUAUCUGUCAAGCAGAAGGAAUGACGCAAUGCAAGAUGUUUACUUUAGAGAAUCUUAAA